AUGAGUCAGGGACAAACAAGAAGGCCGGAGGCCGUCAAGUACUGUGAUCUUUUUCAAGUUUUCGACGAAUUAGCUUCCAAACCUAUAGCACCACAAGAUGCAUCCUCCAUGCAAGCCGCUGAAAAUAUCGUACUUGAGGAGACUAAGAAGGGUGGUCCUGACCCGCCGACAUGCGCGCGGCGCGGCGCAGCUGGAGAUAUGACCAGCAUUGUUAGGGAGCAGGGCGCCACCAUAUCUGAAGCCGAAGUCGGUUCUGGGGCAAUACGGUCGACCUACAGAUGUGAAAAUGACAAACCCGGAGGCGCGCUGGACACGUUUUCGAUUACUGUGGGAGAGGCACUGGAGGCGGCUGGUCUGUCAGCUGGAGGCAAGCCAAUUGAUGAAAGUGACGCGGCUGCAAUACAAGCUGCAGAGAGUCGUGCAACACGGCUCGGCCAUGUGGUGCUUGGUGGUGUAGCAGCGGAAGCUCAGUCCGUCGCCGCGUAUAAUAUCUGA